AUGGGUUGUUGUGGCUGUAGAGGAAGCUGUACCACCUGCAACAGCUGUGGUGGCUGCGGCUGUGGUGGCUGUGGCGGCUGUGGCGGCUGCGGAGGCUGUGGCUGUGGAGGCUGCGGUGGCUGUGGCAAUUGUUGCUGUACCACCUGUAGCUGCCGCCGUGUAGGCUGCUGCUCUGGCUGCUGCCCCUGCUGCUGUGGCUGCUGUGGGGGCUGCUGCAGCCCUACAGUGGUCUGCUGCCGCCGCACCUGCUGCUGUGGUGGCUGUGGUGGCUGUGGCUGUGGCUGUGGCAAGGGCUGUGGCUGUUGCAAAGGCUGCUGCCAACAGAAAUGCUGCUGCCAACAGUGCUGCUGUAAGAAGCAAUGUUGCUGCUAGGUGGGAGUGAUUGGCUCUGAGCUUCCAGGAAGGACCUGGUGGGGACACAUGUGAAGCAUGAAGGUAAGACUUUUCUUCAUCUCAGCCUAUUUGUUUCUCUCUUCCUUGUAUGCCAUCUCCUAGGCUCACUGCAGUUGAGUGAGUACCUUCCUAAUUGUUGGAUGAUUUUGAUUUUUGUGAAAAGCAGCAUGAUGUAGUGAAUAAAGCACAGGACUUGGAAAUGGGGGAAACCUAGAUUCAAAUCCUAGCCUUGGACACUUAUUAGCUAUGCUGACUCUAGGCAAAUUAAUCUUACAGAGGCCCAAUUUUCUCACCUGCAAAGUUGGGAAGGUGGCUGGAUCUGAUGGCUAUCAAAAGCUCUUCCAGUUUUAAACCUAUAUUUCUAUGACUGUGCUAUCUCAGACUCUAAUCUCUUCUCCUAGGUAUAAUUCUAUCACCAUUAUGUCAUUUUACAAAUCCUCCAAAAGAUUAUCAUGUAUCAAGUCAUAAAUAUACAAAUUCUCUCAUCUUUUUAUCUUCUUCAAUUUCCCAUGAGAUAUUAUCUUUUCAAUUUGUUACCUACAUUUUUUCUUUUUAGAUUAUAUAAAUAUGUUACUGUUCUCUUCUGCUAUAUUUUUCUACUAAUUCUUUUGCUACUUUCAAUAAAAUAUACCGAACAAACACACAACAGUCUCCUUUUCCUUAUUUAAUUGUUUCUUUCUCACAUAAAAGAAUUAUUUUCUCCCUCCCACCCCCCUCACUUAAUAUGAAUCAGCAAACUCUGUUUAGCCUGAUACUUUCUUUUAAGUCAAACUCAUUUCUUUUUAAAAAAGAUCUUUAUGAACAUUUUAAUCACCCUUUCUCCCAAUAUAUCCUUCUUCCUCCUCCUCUUCCUCCCCCAAUCCAUUCUAUAACAAAAAAGAAAUAGUAAGAAAAAUGCAUUUCAACAAAAAUCAAACAAUACAAUGGAACCUGACACAGACUCACAUUUUCAAGAUGAUUUUACUCUAUAUGAGUUGUUACUAUGAAAUCAUGAUAAAUCACUUGUCUCCUGCUUUAAGCAUUUCCUACUGAAACCUUGUUUCAUCUCUCAUUUCUAGAUUCUCUCCAGGCAAUAGGAAUAUUGUAUUACUUAGUGGGAGAAAAUGCUGAAGUAUUAUCUCAACUCAAUGAAAACAGUAAUAAUUAACUCACAUUUACAUAGUCACAAGUCAAGUCAACAAGCCAUUCAUUAAGUAUUUUCUAUGUGCUGGGCCUUUUACUAAGCACUAGAAAUACAAAUAGAAACAAAAAGAAAGAUGGUUUCUGCCUUUAAUGAAAUUACAAUCAAAUUGGUGAAGAUAAAACAUAAAAGGAUGCUUAGAAAUGAUUGCAGGAGUUCUGAGAGAAGGUACCAGAGGGAUCGUAGCAGAGAAAGAAGUCAGCUAUGAGAGCAGCUUCGAGAGAAAUGAAGCAAUGAACAUGGCUACUUUUCUGGUCAUUUUCCUUAAAUUAAAAACUCUUCGAGGAACUGACCAGUCAGAGAAAAGGACUAUAGGGGCUGACUGACCUUGGGUGGAAGAAGACUAAUGCAUCAUGAUGAAGAAAGAAGUUUACAGAGCUAGAAAUGGAGCCCGGAGAAGAAUCCAUGAUUUUUUCAUAAAAAGCUUGUGGCAAAGUUCAUAUAAAUAUUAUAAUCCCAUUUUACAGAUUAAAGAAACUACCAGUAAUUCAUCUAGAUGAUUACUUUCCCAUAGUUAUUAUCAUGUAGCCAGUACUCUAUCUGUAACUUAAGUCCAAGCAGCAUUAUUUAAUGCUAGUGAUUUUAAUUUCUUUUCUCAUUACUUCAAAAAAUAGCAAGACAUGCAGUGGCUAGAGCCCUAGCCUUGGAAUCUGGAGGACCUUGUUAUGCCCUGAAUUGUCACAUGCUGAAUUGUUAUGCUCUCCCCUUUUUUUUCCUUUGCUAUUAGGACUGGGAGAACCGAGUCAGGAAAAAUCUUGAAGCUCUGGCCACUUUAUAUUCCAGUGCAUCAUAAAAUCCAGGUGCAUUAACUCAGUCCUUGCUAGGAUAAUUCCCCCUCCAUUUGAGUAUUGCCCCUCAUCUUGCUGUCUCCUGCCCUUGACUUUCUUAUCUUGACCCUUAUCCUGUCAGGACUAAGUUACGAUCCUUUUCUGAAAUUAUGGCUUGUCCACUCACCCAGUGUCCUCACCCCCUCACUUCCCUUACCUGCUUUUGUUUCCCCUAUAAGAUUGUAUACUCAGGUUUUUCUGUUUGCAAACUCUAGUUAGCUAUAAAAGUUCCCUGCCUCAG